UUUCUUUAAAACGUCGUUUUUAGGCAAUUUCCCCAAGAACCACUUACUUCCAGAGGAUCAGUGAAAGCUGAUUUGAAGACGGGCCAUGUCAUCUCAAGUUCAGAGUGGGAUUUCCAAUGCAGAUAAUAACGACACGGAGAACUUUCGCAAAAGGCUUUUGAACAUCGAUUUCAACCUAGGAGAUCUAGAGGUGGAAAAAUUAAAGUUUCUCUGCCGAGACUUCAUCCCCCACAAGAAGCUGGAGAGGUCCAGCGCGGCCUUGGACGUUUUUGAUCAUCUCAUGACGGAGAAGCUGCUGAGCGAGGAAGACCCCUUCCUCCUAGCGGAACUCCUCUACAUCAUGAAGCAGAACUCCCUGCUGAAGCACCUCAACUACACCAAACAGCAAGUAGAGAGUUUGCUGCCUACUCAGAGGAAGGUCUCUCCAUUCAGAAAACUGCUCUACGACCUGUCAGAAAACAUCGUCUCAGACAGCUUAAAGAGCAUGAUCUUCCUUCUGAAGGAUUUGUUCCCAAGAGUGGAGACAGUGACUUCUCUAAGUUUCCUGGAACAUCUGGAGAAACAAGAUAAAAUAGAUGCAGAUAAUCUAACGUUACUGGAGAAUCUCUGCACAACCGUUGCACCCAGUCUUAUGAGAAAGAUAGAAGAAUACAGACAAGAGAAAGAAGCUGAGCAAAGAAAGCCGAGGACCAGCGAAGUGGCAGCCUCAGCCCCUGCCCCUAAGUGGUGUGCCCCAGUUGUGGAGGGAGCCAAGGGGCGCCAGGAGAAAGAACUACUUUCUGGUUCAGACAUUAAGCAAAUCUGUCAAGCCUUACAGGAGGAAACCGUGUACAGGAUGGACCGUAAACAUAGAGGCUACUGUGUUGUUAUCAACAACCACAACUUUACCUCACUGUCAGAAAGACAUGGGACCAAUAAAGAUGCUGAGUGCCUGAAGCGUGUGUUUCAGUGGCUUGGGUUCACCGUAGACGUGCAUGUGGAUGUGACUAAAAAAUGCCUGGAGGAGGUUCUGCAAAAAUAUAAGAGUCGUCCAGACCAUGCUGACAGAGACUGCUUUGUGUUCUGUGCUCUGACUCAUGGGAAAUUUGGAGCUAUCUACUCUUCAGAUGAGGCCCUCAUUCCCAUUCGGGAAAUCAUGUCUCACUUCACAGCUCAGCAGUGCCCUGGUCUGGCUAACAAACCCAAACUCUUUUUCAUCCAGGCCUGUCAAGGUGAAGAGAUACAAUCUUCUGUAGUCAUUGAAGCAGAUGCUGUAAAUCCUGAGUCAGUGCACCUUCCCCUUCAGGACAGUGUUCCUGUUGAAGCAGAUUUCCUUCUUGGUCUGGCCACUGUCCCUGGCUACGUAUCCUUUCGUCAUAAGACAGAAGGGAGCUGGUAUAUUCAGUCUCUGUAUAAUUAUUUGAAGGACUGGGUCCCAAGACAUGAAGACAUCUUAUCCAUCCUCACUGCUGUCAAUGAUGAUGUGAGUAGACGAGGUGGAACAAAGAAACAGAUCCCUCAACCUGUUUUCACACUACGUAGAAAAGUCAUAUUCCCUGUGCCACAGGAAGAACUUUCAUUAGAGAGUUUUCUUUGACUCUUAGACUUGAAAGGAAACUUCUCUUCCAACGUCCCACCAGCAUGGGAAUUACUGACAGAUGGUGAGCUGGCCUUCAUCUGUCAUUCUAGUAAUAAGAAAUGCUCUAUUUUCUGACACAGUAAAUUCUGUUAUUUCUUUCCCCUUUUUAAUAAGUCUAAAUGUUACAAAACUUUUUUUUUUAUUGGUGCCUUGGAUUAUAGUCUUGGUUUUAGCUGUGCACCCUGAGAAAAAAGUAAUUGGCUUUGGUUUGUGUAUCUGUGAAGUAAAAGGUAGGACCAGGAGUCUUUCAAGGUUCCCUUCUACACGACCACUCCUUGUUAUAAGGGGCCACUCCUGUGUCCCCUCUGCAUGGCCGCCUUUUAGACAUUGGCUGGUGACGAGAUCACGGUUCCCUGACUCUCCCUCUAUUUUUCCCUUCCAAGGGGAAAAUUUGAGUUACGCCGUGUUCGUUUCCCGCUUUAGUGUUAAGGAAUCUGUUCCUACAGAACUGUUUUUCCUGCGUUGGGAACUGGGCUGGCCCUAGGAAGAUGACGGCUGAGUGUAGUAAGAGACACACAUUCAGCUACUCUGGGAGCAGAAACUUGACAUCCUGCUGCUCCCAUGGUGGUCAGAACCUUUCAGACGCUGGUGACAGAACACUCCACUCAAACGGGUGAAAGCGUGGUGCUGGCUUCCUGCGGUGCAGCGUCUGUCUCGUGGCCAGGGGCCCUCAGGGCUGACAGUGGCGCUGUGCUGACUGCAGUCAACAGCCCCACCCCGUCACUGACACGCUCUGCUCUCUAGCCCGAAGGAAGAAGACAGAGCAGCUCGAGGGACUGAAGCUGCCCACAGGGAUUGCCGCCCUCUCCUUAGCCAGAGAGGCGCCUGGCUAUGCCAUGUGGAUAGGGUGGCUCUGUAGGGGAGCCUUGAAACUCUUAAAGUCAAGGUCUGGAGCAUUUUUAUGUAUGUGAACUCUUCAGUUUCAAGGGGGACUUUUGGAAAGAGGGAGAUCGAAAGUGCUGUGGUUACGGCCUUCAUUUAUAGGUGAAGCCGAGGCCCAAGGGGGCAGGGCAGUUUGCUACAGCCUUCCAGCCCGGUACUGUUUACGAUACUAUCUCCUGUGUAACUGAGCUGGGCUGUCACGGGACAUAACAGGACCUUGUGAACAUCUCCUUGGAUAUGCAGAUGCUCAUGAAAGAUGUCAGGGAAUGAAGACAAUUCUCAUUGGUGCUUGAUUUUAUAAUUAUUUAUUUGCAAGUCAGAUUCAUUUAUGAUGAACUUUCUUCUAGAAAUAGUCAUAAGAACCUUGCUGUAAUGUAGCUAGCAGUCACAUGGAUUUGAACGUAGGUUGGCUAAGGAAAUGAAUCUAAUACAAAUGUCAGGAUGGUCGUCCAAAACUAUUGUUCAUACAAGUCAAAGCUAACAAUUGGUGGUUACAGUCUUUGUUCAACUGCAUAUACACAGCUGUUGGCCAUUUAACAGUCCUUCUCUGCAAGGGAAGUGGGGUGUGGUACAAAGGAAAGAGCAAAGGAUCUGGAGCUAGAAGCUUUGGGUUUCUGUUUUGCCCUGUGACUCCCUUGUUCUGAAACACUAACUCAAGCUAGUUUUUUGAGCCUUAUCUAUAAAGUAGAGAAAAUAUUAUUUGUUGGGAGGAUUAAGGAAUAGAUAGAUGA